GACUGUUUUCCGGCCGUAAUUAGAUAAUUUAAUCAACAAGAAGAUUACACCGAUACUAUAACAACACCAUUUAUUUGGAUUCUUUACUUUACAAACGGCUUCUGUGGGCCCGUUGCUGCAAUGACCCUCUUGCCCCUGUUGUGCCACUUUUGUAAUAACUGCAAUAUGUCAUGCCUUUAUUGGUCAAAUUAUCAUCCUGACGGCAAACUUUAGGUGUGUUUGGGACCCAUAAACUUUGAUCAUCUCAACAUCAAUAACGAAAUUUCGCGACAGUUGUUUGCAUAGUUGUAUCAUUCAGAUAAUAAACUACAACUUUCCAUUAGCAACCCCCCAAAAUAUCUGAACUAAAACUUAAAAGCAAUAUGCUAUAGAGACUUGUACGUCCUGCUGUCAUGUUUGUAACAUUGAAAGAGAGAAAGUACACAUGAAUAACUAACUACCAGAGAGUCAGUUAGUUAGGUAACCAUAGGAUUCUCAGUUGAGCACAUGUGCUGCCAUCACUUUUUAGUUUUAUCUAUCCUUGCUUCCAUGCAUGGGUUUCUUCGUCUUCACCUCAAAACAUACUCUCUCUCUCUCUCUCUCUCUCUCUCUCUCUCUCUGUCUAUAUGUAUUUCUAGAGAGAGAAUCACUCAAAGCUUUAGAGAGAGAGUAGCUUUUCUUUGCUUGUUAUGUUGUUGAUUGCCUAUUUCAUCUUAUUCCAUCAAGACUAGAUCUUGUUCUUGGAUUAGUUUGACUUCAGUCUGAUCCGAAUUUCGCACUUUUUUUUCACCAAACAUGUCGAAUUCGAUCCAAGAAACCGAUCAAGAACCGAUGAAAAAGAAGAAGCAUAUGAAGAAGCUCACAUAUGUGAACAAUGGCGGUUCGAAUUCUAACGACUCGGGUUACGAAUUGAGGAAAGAUCCAAAAAAGACUCCAAAAGUAAAAGAUACAAGUGAAGUGGAGAACAAUAACAAUUGUUUUGUGGUUCUUGAUAAGCUUUGUAAAGAAUGUGGUAAAGGUUUUCAAUCUUGGAAAGCCUUAUUUGGACACAUGAAAUGUCACUCUGAAAAAGUGUCAAGCAACAAUUUGAAUCAAGAAUCUUGGAUUAGUCGUCCGGAUAACGAAAAUUCGGGUACCAAGUUGUGUCGAAUCAAGAAAUCAAGAUCAAGAAAGAAAGGAAAUAAAAGGUAUGUAGUUACUUCUACAACUGUUACCACUACCACCAUCAUAGAAGACUCAUCUUCACUGUCUAUGAAUACUAAUAACAACAAUAAUCAUGGUUCGACGAGUAUGGUGUCGGAUAUCGAGCAAGAUCAAGAAACUGAGAUUGCUAUGUGUUUGAUGAUGCUUUCUAGAGAUGAGUGGAAAUGGGGUAGUGAAAUUGGAUCAUCUGAGCACUGCGAUUCCUCUGCUUUUGUGAAGUUGACUAAAACUAAUGGUCAAAAGGCAAUUAAAAAUGGUUCCAAGAUCAAGAAAUCUGUUGAACCCCAGAUUGGUUCUACUGAAUUGACAAAAAUUGUGAUCGAAAACGACGGAUUCGAUGAAGGAAAUGAGUUAAGUUUUGGGAAAUAUGAGGAGCCAAGCAAGAGAAAAUUUAAGUGCAUAACUUGUAACAAAAGUUUUCACUCUUAUCAAGCCCUUGGUGGACAUAAAGCAAGUCACAAGAAGUUAAAAGAAACUCUAGAUUCAAAAACCGAAGGCGAAAACACAAUCGAACACAAACCCAUGUUCAAUCAUGAGCAUAUGUCCAAUGGGUUCAAUGCAAAACCAUCUGAUAAUCAUCACCAAUCACACAAUUUCAAUCUUGGUGGUGUUGGUCCUUUGAAGAAAACAAUAGUGUUGGGAGCACAUGAAUGUCAAAUUUGCUUGAAAGUUUUCUCAUCAGGGCAAGCUUUAGGAGGUCACAAGAGAUCACACAUGAUUGCAGAAGUUAAAAAGAAUCAACAAACCAACAUGAGCCUGAUUGAAAAAGUGAAAGAGCCGAUUCGAGAAAUUCGAGGUUUUCUUGAUCUCAACAUGCUUCCGGAUACAAUGGAAGAAGAUGUGAUCAUGAAUAGUGGUACCACAAAGUACAAGCCAUGGGUUGAUACCACUAACCAUGAAUCAACAACAUUACUUGGUUUGUUCUAAACAGGUUUAAAAAACAUUAGUAAGAUCAUUUCAAGAUGUACAUAUUUCAUUUUUUACUUGCAUACACACAUUGUUUUCAUCAAAGGGUUAUGGUUUCCGCAUAUGCUAAAAGUUAAAGCUACCUUGCUUCUUGAGUUU